AUGUCAGCUUAAGGGAAAAAAAUGUUAGAAGAAAUAUUAUCUAAACCAAUAGAACAUAUGAUUUUAUCUAAAAAAAUGCCAACAAAUAAAGAAGCAUUAAAAUUAUAUAGAGAAAUAUUAAAAUUUUCAAAUCAUUUUUACUGGAAUAAUUAUAAAGGAGAAAAUUGGGGCGAAAUCAUAAAAAAAAGUGCGAGAAAAGAAUUCGAAAUAGGAAAAUCAGAAAGUGACCCAUUAAUUGCAUUAAAAAUGAUAAUGACUACAAGAGAGUCUUUAUAAAAGACUAAAGAAAAAGUAACUAUUGAAUAAUAUACAUUUAAUAAUUCUUUUUUUAAAAAAUAGAUGUCAGAAGCGCAUUAAAAAUUAAAAGAGACAGUAGAAGAAACAAGAAAUUGA